CUGUGCCUGCCUCUCCCAGCCAGGCAGCCAGCUCGGCUGCUGGCGGCGGCCGGAGCGAGCGGCGGCGGCGGCGCCUCUCCUCCCGCGGCGGGAGCCUCCAGCCCGGCUCGGGGCAGGGGGGACAAGUCACCUAAUGCAAUCCCUGCACUUCUAGCCGGGCUGGGGAGGGCAGGGGCACCCCUUCUUCGAGUCUCAUCGUUAUGGAUCUAUUCGACUUUUUCAGAGACUGGGACUUAGAGCAGCAGUGAAAGUUCCUGCAUGCCACUCGGAAAGUGUCCCUUAUAAACCUUAUCGUAAAUGAUUCCUUCGGUGCCGUGUCCUUUCGCAAAAGAGUCACUAUGAGCAAGACCGGAGUGCACUUAAAAGGAAGGAAUGGGAGCGACGAAAUCAAGAAGUCCAGCAAGAUGAAGAUCUCUUUGCUUCAGGUUUUAAUCUCUUUGGGGAACCCUAUAAGACAAACAAAGGUGAUGCCCUUGCAAACCGUGUCCAGAACACGCUGGGAAACUAUGAUGAAAUGAAGGACUUGUUAACCAACCAUUCCAACCAGAGCCACCUUGUAGGAAUCCCAAAGAAUUCGGUACCACAGACUCCCAUUGAUAAAAAUGAACAGAGCUUUUUUCCAGAACAAAGAAACAGGAUGAUCCCAUCUCACCAGAUCAGUGGUCACUCGUCAACAUCAAUGCCACCUCCUUCGUCCCUGUCAUCCAAUUCUGCUUUGCUACACGGUCACCAGAGCAGCAGGAAAUCCAGGACAGACUGGUCACGUGGUGGUCACAACUCUAAUGCUGCACAGCCAAGCCAAGCCAGUAGCCAACAGAGUAGGUCAAAGCAUAGCUCUUCACAUGACCAGCCUCAAAGCCGGUAUGAAGACCCCUACAGUUGUCAGAGCGAGCAGCAUAAAAGUGGAGGAGCUGAAGAAGCAAACCCUGCUGCUUCAUCAUCACAUUCACGGAGGCAUAAUCAUUCAAAGUCAACGAGUAGCGAACACACUUAUAAAGAAAACAGUCAUUCAAAGUCACCAACAGAACUUGAAUUUGUAGCACAUGGUCCUGGAUCUCCACUUCCUUCUACAUCCUUGUUAUCUGCAACCAAUGGUCUUUCAACCCAGAAUUUCCCACCAGGACUGCACUGUAAAACUAGCAUGGUCCAACAAAAGCCCACAGCAUAUGUGAGACCUAUGGAUGGUCAGGACCAAGUACCGAAUGACUCGCCUGAACUCAAACCUCCAGUAGAAAUUGAGAGUGGAUAUGGAAACCAAUCAUUUGGAACGCUGUUGGAAGGAAAAGCUAAUGUACCCAGUUCUAAGAAUAAACUACCAAAGCUCCCUCAAGCUAGUGAAGUUGGCCUUCCCAAUGACUCCAGCUGUGUGGAAGAAAUAUUACGGGAGAUGACCCAUUCCUGGCCUCCUCCUCUAACUGCUAUUCACACACCUGGCAAGGCUGAGCAGACCAAGUUUUCCAUCCCGAGCAAGGUACAGGAUUCCCAGCAUCUGACCUCAGGAUACAAUGUACAAAAGUGGAAUGAGCCAGCAGGAAAGGUGGCAACCAAAUCAGUGCCACAGAAGUCAAUGCUUGAAGAUGAUCUGAAACUCAGCAGUGACGAAGAUGACAAUGAACAGGCUGCCGAAAAGACAAAACCAAGGAACAUUCCUGUAAACGGGCUUCCUUUGCAGACCGCGCACGGCACGGGCUUGGCGCAUUCCAGCGGAGGCUCCGGGAGCUCCAGUGAAUCCGAGAGCAGCUCCGAGUCGGACUCCGACAGCGAGAGCAGCUCCAGCGACAGCGAGUGUAACGAAGAGUCACGCAACGCGACUCCAGAGCCUGAGCCUCCCUCCACAAACAAAUGGCAGCUGGAUAAAUGGCUGAAUAAAGUGAAUCCCCAUAACAAGGCCAUCAUCAACAACCAAAAUGAGACUCAUAGCGAUAACAGUUCUCAGUCGCAGAGCAACCAACAGGCGGAAGGGCAAAACAAAGGGAAGCUUAAUAGCCUGCCCCAGACUGAUUCCAAAGACAGGGCGAUCCUUAGUCCCAUCCGGGAGAAAGCCAAACCACGAGUUGCUCAGAAAACCCCAGAGGCAAAGAGUUCCAAGCAGAAGUCACCAGCUCAUAAUGAGCCAACGUCACAAAGGACUACGGGGAAAAAGCAACCCAAAAAGGUAGAAAGGACUUCCAGUGUAGAAGAGUAUAACUGGCCCAAACCAAAUAAUACCAGCACCACUCCCAAAGAAAAAGAUACCCAGGAACCUGCAGAACAGCAGAAGGUUCGGACAAAAGCAUCCGUCGGAAAGACAGCUCCCCGAAAAGAACCACGAAUGAGCACCGGGCUCACUUCCGAGAAGAAAAAGUAUCGAGGCCCCAGCAAAAUCGUCCCGAAGUCUCGUGAAUUUAUUGAAACCGAUUCCUCUACUUCUGACUCCAAUACAGACCAGGAAGAGAGUUUGCAGGCUAAAAUAUUACCUGCUUGCAGCGGGCCUGCCAAUGGCAUCAAAGUGAAAGACUCUGGGAGUAACAUCCUCAGUGUCAGCAGUUUAACUAGCAACGGCAGCAACACAUCAAUAGACCAGACGAGCAAUGAUUUAGAGGAGCAGCUGUUUUCACCUAUCCCAAUCGUGCAAAAUGAACUUCUGUCCCCGCUGAGGGAAUACGAAGAGCUCAAAUCCCUCUGGGUGAAAAUAGACCUUAGCUUAUUGUCUAGAAUACCUGGACAAGAGCCCUUUGAGACCGCAUCAGUGAAAACUGAACCGAGAGAGGCAAACGUGAAACACAGGCGACCAUCUCGAGAAUCCCCUACCCCGGCUGCGGUGGAAAAACCUUCUACGAAAUCCAAAAGGAAGCACAAGCAGUCUGAAAGCUCAGAUACUUAUGGAGAAAGCAAGAAGCAGCGCCUGGAGGAAACCUCAGCUUCCUGCCUACUUCCACCUUGUAUCUCUCCAAUACCCAACCACAGAUUAAGCAGCACUAAAGAGAGCAGCACUAACUCCGUUAAAAAGGCGGCUAAGAAAAGAGAAGAGAAGCUGUUCCCUCCUCCGCUCUCCCCGCUGUUGGAUGAGCCAGUACACAGGCGGCACAGCAGUGACAACUCCUUCAACCAAGAGAGUAACGUCACAAACUCCUUGCAGACCAGCAGCUCUUCCUCUUCUACAUCCAAACACAGAAAGAAUGAAAGCAAAUCCUCUGCUAACCCCAAAGGACUCUGUGAGGAAGAAUCACACAAUAGACCAGCAACAAACACACUCCCAGACACCAGCCAUCUAGAAACAGACAUCUGGUGUGCAAUGCCUCCAUUGUCCAAUGGGAAUUCUGAGUCAAGAAGACCUAAAAUAACAUUUGAUGAUGCGCUUCACAAUGCAGACUAUUACAUGCAAGAGGCUAAGAAGCUAAAGCACAAAGCGGAUGCACUGUUGGAGAAGUUCGGUAAAGCAGUGAAUUAUGCUGAUGCUGCCCUCUCCUUCAUUGAGUGCGGGAAUGCUAUGGAGCGAGAUCCAUUAGAAGCUAAAUCUCCCUACACCAUGUACUCAGAGACUGUGGAACUCAUCAGGUAUGCAAUGAGACUUAAGAAUUUCACAGGUUCAUCUGCCACAGAAGGAGACAAGAAGUUGGCAGUUUUAUGCUACCGAUGCUUAUCACUUCUCUACUUGAGAAUGUUUAAACUAAAGAAGGACCACGCUAUGAAGUACUCCAGAUCUCUGAUGGAAUAUUUUAAGAACACUUCAAAAGCCUCGCAGGUCCCCUCCCCUUGGGGUGGCAAUGGAAAGAGCACAGAAACUCCAUCUCCCAUGUCUCUCAGCCCAUCCCCAGCCAGUUCUGGUGGGAGCAGCACAGGCCCCGCUGGGUCGUCCUCAGCAGGAACCAUCACCAUCCCCCAGCGCAUCCACCAUAUGGCUGCCAGCCACGUCAACAUCACCAACAACGUAUUGCGGAGUUACGAGCACUGGGACAUGGCCGACAAGCUGACUAAAGAGAACAAAGAAUUCUUUGUAGACCUGGACUCAGUGAUGGGACCGUUAACGCAGCACAGCAGUAUGACCAACCUGGUGCGUUACGUUCGACAAGGACUUCACUGGCUCCGCACUGAGGCGCACUUGUUGUAGUGACUGCCGCCCGACUCAUAACAUCCCCAUCGUUCUACCUCUACCAGCGCACAGACGAUCACUGGUGGAACUCCACUCAUUUCUGGAACUUUAUUCAUGUAACUUCAUUUUUAUUGCCUUUUUUGAUAUCCUAUCUAUUGGAAGUAGAAGUCAUCAUAAAUGGAACUUAUGACUGAAGAGCAGUAUGUGUUGUACCAUCUAAUCAUUUUCGACAGUUUUCUAUGCCUUGCGUCUCCUGGAUCCUGCCAUCCUUAUGUGCUUUAUGGAAUGGUACAUCCCCUGCAGUAUUGUUUUAAGUCCACACUGCCUUCAAGUGAAAACAAAAAAGCACUUUGAGAAGAUAUGGAUUCCUGAGAAAUAGUACAAAACGUCUUAAACAUUUUAGGGUAUAUACAAAAAACCCCUUCUGAUACAAAUUGGUAGAAGUUAUAGCUAUUCACUCAAAAUUGUCCUCCGAACUUGAACCAAGCUGUACACUGGUUAGUUCAUUACCUGACACAGUUCACUGCUAAAAUGUCAUACUAUCUGUAGGCCUGAUCUCUAAAAGAUAACUUUAAACUUCUUACAGGUAAGAAAUUAGUGUAAGAUCACCAAAGGUGUUAGGAGGUAACAGAUUGGAACAAUGCCUCGCUAAAGAAAGACGCCACUCUAUGCAAGGAGGUUUUGAUAUUUCAUUCUAACUUUAUUGUUGGCUUAAGUAGGCAGCAAAAUGCAGUUUUUAAGCAAUUUCAAGCAUUAGAUUUCAUAGUCUCUGUCACCAUCCACGUACUAAAUCUGUGACUUUUCUUUCCAUUCUACUGUUUGAUCUCAAACAAAUGUUCAUCCCAUACUUUCCUUGGCAAAACAAUCUCCUCUUGCAUAGUGACUCAGCAAAAGCACAUUUUAACAGGAGCGCUACACUCUAAAUAAACGUUGAUAUUGUAUGUAAAACGCAUUAAUGUGUAUUGUAGACUCUAGAUGAGAUUCACUAGAAAUUUACCUAACUGGCUAUUGUUGAGGCAUUUCUAAUGCUGUGUGGCAUUAAUUUACACCAGCUUGGUUGAUUUCAGAGCAUUAGAAGCAGACAGUGAGUAUGUCUACACGUGCGCAUUUACUGCGCAGCAACCGAAAUUACUGCACAGUAUGGGCACGCAUCUGUAUGUGCACGCCUAUACUGCACAGUAAAUAUGGUGACUUAUACCGACUUGAGGAUAAAUUUGAUACCUGCAUCAUGCAUCAAAUUUACAUCUGAUCAAAUUACACCUGCAUCAAAUUACAUCCAAUUAGUUACUGCACAGUAAUGCACGUGUAGAUGCCUUACUGCGCAGUAACACUAUGUGCGUGGACUAACUUGGGACUAACUUUAAUCCCUAGUCAGACCACACACAGCGUUAAUGCACUUUAACGCCUGCACAUGUAUAUGCCAGCCUGUUCCCACUUACUGCACAGUAAAUUUAAGCCAGUGUAAAUGCACGUACUUCAGUCUACCAGUUCUCCAAAUUGCCCCUUUUUUAAGCUCUUUUACUGUUUACCCAUGCUGUUAUAUUUUGGACAAUUCCUUUAGUGCACGCAUAAUCAUGAGACAAUUCCAAUAGCAUUUUAAAGCAAUCGUGAAUAAAUUAGACCAUUUCACUCACUCUCUUUUUUUUUUUUUCUUUAUAAACUGCACUGUUCUUGUGGCGACACUGCGAGAAGCAAUGGUGCAUGAAAUAAAACAAAAUGAAUUUAUAUCAAUAAUUCACAAGACUUUAAAUGGUCUCCUAUCAUUUUUGAUGUAAUGCCUGCAUACCUUACCAAGCUGUAAAUUUCAUUCAUAUAAACAAAAAGAAAUGGCAAUGUAAAUAUCAUCCUAUGUCACAUCUCAUUGAAAUAACCCAAUAUGUGUAUUAAAUACCAUCCAGACAUUAGUUAAUUGUAAUUACCUUCUGAUAUAUAAUCCUUUAUAUCCUUUAAUCUAGUGAGUUAUUGGAUUCCACUCACUGGGUUGUGACCAGAUAAAUAGAACAAAUUUGCAUUUAAAAGGUUCAGCCUAUUACAGUUUUUAAAGCAGGUCUUGCAUAUUUGCAAUAAGAACAGUUUUAAUGAUCAGGCCUAGACCCAUUGUAUAUUAGCUCCUAUUAAUAAGUACCUUUUAAAAAUUCUGUAACUCAGUUUCUUUCCCACAACUAGGUCUUGUCAGUGAGGCCAAAAUGAGAAAUACAUCAUUAGAUAAAUCAUUCUGCUAGGGCAGUCUGUGAAGACAUUUCCAGAACAUCCACUUUCUGGAUGACCCGACUGUCCCUGUUCUUACAGUAGUCAAUGUACCCUUAUCUGUUUUUUGAGGGUUUCAGUAACAUGACUGAAACAUGAAUCCAAUAGCAUUUAUCACACUGAUUCUGGCCCCUUUUGCUAAUGAAAAAAAAAGCCAUGAUAGCAAGAGCUAUUCAUCUGUUUCAAAGAAGGGGAAUUUCAGAAAAACACUGCACUUUUACAAUAGAUUAGUCUGGUUGUUUCUGAGAACUCGACUGAAGUAUUGAUGGUCUGGUGGUGACCUGAGUUUUCCAUUCUCUUUGCGAGGCCUGGCCAGUUGGAUCGACUGAUUGUUCUGUCUAAUUAGGUGCAUUAUCCUCCCUUGUUAGUUUAAUGUAGACUGAAACCCUAGACCACCAUGAACUUAUGAAGGAUGGAUACGUCUUGAAAUACAAUCUUCAGAGACAAGACUGGUCAAAGAGUUAGCUACAGUCAGUAUAUUAUAUUUCCCUAUUGCUAGUAGUAAAUAGACUCCUAUCUCAAAAUGUACCCUAUAUAUUUGCAAAUCUUUUGCCUAGACAGCUUAAAGACUUAGCCCACCUGAUUGUGCAUCCCAUGACUUAGAUUGAAAUGUAUGCUGAAUCAAUGGCACGAUUAUAAUAAGUCCAGCAGUCAAGCCUAGGAUCACAAGCCAACUUACUAUUUAGCGGUCUUGUUUCAAAAGCGGCUUAGAAGUAAAUUAAAAAUGGAGAGUGAAUUACCUUCUUAUCCCUGGGGAUGAUGCUUCUUUUGGGUUAGUUAUUAAGGAUUAUUGCACUUUUUACAGGCACUAUAUUCAUCACAUUUCAAAUGCCAAUGUGUCAUCUUCAUGGAAUAAUUCUCCUCUUUAAACUAUUAUUUCAAGCAGAGUUAAUUGAAUGAGAUUCUGGGGGGGGAAACAUUUUGAUCCCUGAGCAAUCAGAAUUGGACAUUUUUUUAUCUAACCCUUUCAGAAUUGCUACCUGCAGACAUUCAAAAAUCAUGAAUCAGGCCCUAAAAAAAAAAAAAAUCAUGAGCUGGCCUUCAAAAAAAAAACCAUAGCUCUAUUUAAUAUUACUUUUGAGGAUUCUUUUAUUUGCCAUUUGUUUUCUUAUCCCAGAGGCUGCGCUCAAGUCAUGUCUUUGAGCUUUCCUUCAUAACCAUGGAAGUUACUUUUUUAAUAUCUCAUGCAAAUCUUCCGAUUCCCAUGACUGGGCUUUCAGACAGACACCAAAUAUCACGAGGCUCAGGAUCAAACUACCAGGUCCGACAGCACUGCCCUCUCAGUCUGAUGCUAAGUUAUGUUCCACAAAUUUAGAGCAAUAUCCAAGUUUUGUGGUUAAGGCUAAUGGGCUAAAAGUGAACAUUUUGGAGAUCCAUUAGUACAAGAUAAUAGUGUAGCAUGUACUUGAGGAAGACCAUUAUGAACCACUAAAUGUCAAGGGCUUCAACUGGUCCUAAAUAAAACUUAUGAACUGAUUCAGGAGGAAUGCUCCCUCUGAGAGCAGAAUAUAGCUGUAGCCACUGAAGGUCACAGCACUAGAUGUUCUUGGGAGGAAAGCGUGGGAGACCCGUGGUAUGCCUCGUACGGUCCAUGUUCCCUCAAUCACGAGUCUCUGAGGCAGAGCCUGUACUCCUGACUCAGACAGUCUCCCUUGGGGCUUUUUCACCUUUGUUUCUGGUUUAGCUUGUUGCUUAGUGUUGCUAGUGUUUGGGAACAUUUGUCCUGAUGUGUUUCUCUGUGUUUAAUUUGGCUCGCAACUUGUUACGCGGCCUUGGGACCUUUAAUCACUUAAUAAUCUCUAUGUGGAAAUAUUGAUUGUUUUAUUUAUAGAUGUCCUCAUUCAAAAGAUAGGACAGGUCUGCUGCCUUGGUGCAUUUCUUUAAAAAGACUUAAGGUCAAGAACUUGGGUGCCUUCUUAUGAAACAAAGUAAUCGGUGUCCUAUUUUAGGACAUGAGAAGCUAAAGGUGGACCAUUAGCUAAAAUCAAUUUCUAUGGCACUUUUCAAUUCACAGAUUUUAUGACAGUCCUCUAUUUAAACUUUCUGGGCUACUGACUUGCUUUCAGGUACUUUGAAAGGAAUAUUUUUGUAAUUUUUGGUGCGUACCCAGUAACAUUUUUUUUCUUCAUUUCAGAGAAUGUAACUAAAAUUGCUGAUAGGCUUUGUUAUAAGAAUAGGCUCUUCAGUGGAUUAGGGCUUGAGUCCCAAUCUACAUAUUUACUUUGAGAUGGAAGACAAGCUCAUCCAUAAACAGUAUUGUAGUGGGUGUUUGCCUGUGGGUGUUGAGACAGUCAGUUUGCUGCCGGGCAGAAAGUUGGUACGUGGUACUUCCUAGCAUAGAGAAGAGAGAGGGAGUGAUGCUGUUUUUAUCAGGACAUGAAUGUGUUUGUUCUUCAGCAGUAGAUGUGUGAGUUUGUGUGUGUCCAGAGAGAGAGAGAGAUUCCCGUUCAUAUUAUCUGCAGCGUCCUCUUGUCACAAGCACCGGUGCAAACAAACUGAACUGCCACAAAAAGUAAUUCCAUUUCUAACGGUUCGUUCGUAACCCACUGAAUGGCAAAACUGUUACAAGACGGUGGCAGGCUCCGUAUGAGUACUCCAUCAACCCCCCUAGGAAGUAUUUGCCAUUCAUGCUCCACCCAUGACAGCCCAGUGUCUGUCCGAUGGACGCUUUUAAAGAUAGCAAAAAAUAAAAUAAAAUUGCAUGAUAAUAAAGUUAUUUUGAACAUAUUACAUUUGUAUCAUAUAAUGAAAAAGUCCUCCCUCUUGCAGGCUAUGGAGGAGCUGUAGGCACAAAACUAUUUGAAUCCAAGGGCUAAAAUGAUCCUCACAGAUUCCAACAUAUUGGACCCAAGCUCUGUGCAAUAGUAGAUCCUGCAUCCAUCCCCACCCCUUACACUUUGUUCUGUAGGCAGUAGCAGGCAUGAAUCCAGCUCAAAGCCACCCUCACUGCCCUCUGCUAAUGGAACUAUUCACCUCUUUGGCUUGCAGCUUGGGAGCUCCUGUAGGUAUGGAGAUGGGAGCUAUUUUGGCCCUGAAAGCCUAAUUCUAUAGGUGUUCUGUAUGUAGAACAGGGGUGGGCAAAAUGGCAGCUCUGGCCAGUGGCCGGAGUCCAUUUCCCAGCAGCCCCUGCCCGCGUGGCUAGGACCAGUUUUCAUGGAGACCCCAGCAGCAGCUGCACUGAUAGCACAAGGCCAGGGUUCCCAUGGAGAAUGGCCCCAGCAGCACUGGCAGGGUGCAGAGCUGCUCCAGAGUCAGGCGGGGAUCUUGCAGCGGUGACGUGGUCCAGAACCAGGGCAGAGCCACGAUCUGCAGCCUGCAUGCUCCAGAGGCAGCGGGUCAUGGCUCUACCCUGACUCCUUGCAGCGGUGACAGCACACUCCAGAGCCAGGGCGGAGCCAUGAUCCACUGCCUGCACGCCCCUGCCUGGAGCAGGCAGGCUGCAGAUCACAGCUCUGCCCUGGCUCUGGAUCAUGCUGUCACUGCCACAAGAUCCCAGCCCGGCUCCCCAACAGCUCCCCACCCUGCCGCAUGCCCUGCCAGCAGAGAGGGGCCGGGGGGGGAGCUUGGGGGAGCUGUAACCCCUCCCAGAGGUGCCGUUGCCCACCCCAUACAGGCGGCAGCUGAGCUCACCCCACUCCUGCCCGCAGCACAGGCCUCCCUUUGGCCACUCCAUCAGGAAGAGGCUGGUGCCACUGCUGCCUGCCAGCACUGCUGGGGGCGGUUUCCAUGGAAACCCCGGCCCUGUGCUAUCUCAGCGUGGCUCCUGCUGGGGUCGCCAUGGAAACCAGCCCCAGCCACACGGGCAGGGGGUGCCGGGAAAUGGGAGUCCACUGCCAGCUGGAUCCAGCUUGUGGGCCAGACUUUGCCAGCCCCUGAUGUAGAAGCUCCAUGCAAUCCAUUGUAUCUAGAAUUUCAAUGACCACAUUGCAAUGCUGUAUGGGACAAAACCUGUUUGCUUACCUCUUGCUGAGUCCCACUCAUGUCAGUGGUAUAAAUCCUGUGAGCCGGAUGGAUGGGACGUGUGUGAAAUGGUCAGGGACUUCGGUUCUACUGCCCUGUAAGCAGAGUCCCACUAUAUGUCGGUUCUCUUGGACCUGAUCCCGCUCAGUCGCAUCAGUUUGAUUGGAUUGGAUUCUGUUAUAUAGCACUACUCCUGAUUUACCCAGCAUAAGUUAGAGAGAUGAGUUUAACUGGGCAAACAUUUAGGGAAUGGUUCCUUAUACAUGUUCAGAAUCAAGCACUGCUCUAACCCUAGGGCAACUCUACAUUAACUCUGCUGUUUUCAGUGGAAUUAAUUGGGAGAGAUUCUGUGCCCUUUUCACACUGAUGUAGAGCUGGUCUUCAGUUGAGUAACACUGGGGUCGCUGAGCCCAGGUCUUGGCUCAUGAGGCCUGAUCCCCAACUGAGUGAAACCAAUUAUUUCAGUGGAAUUGCACCCAUUUGCAUUUGGGUGAGGCUGGGCGCCACAGAGUUCAGUGAAGUUUCUCUUGAUUCACACUGCUUUCUGAGAUGACUUGAUCUGUGAACAGACCAUCCAUUUAUUCAGCCUUUGCUCAGGUGAAGUAACUUUUGACUUCAGUAGUACAUGGCUGGGAGUAAGAGUUUCAAGGAGCUGACGCAUUUAUCCCUAAAUUUUUCUAUUGAGUUAGAUAGUUGGCAACAGCAGACAUCCUGUAUAUAUGACAGGGGUAAAAAAGAAGUUCCUUGGUAUAGGUCUGCUGACAUUAGCAGAGUUGACCCGAUAUACACAGACUGAGGAUCUAACCCAUAUACCCAAACUUUUUUUGUCCCAAAUAUAUCUCUAUGCAGAUGAACUCCCAAAGCUUUAUUGUAAUGCCUCUUCUUUUCUGCCCAGGCAACUUAAACAAUUGAUGUACAGUAAUCGGUAUGGUAAGGGAAUACUAUGCUAUGCAAAGUCAUGGAAUCUAGAGUACUUUGUAAAACUGCUUUAGACUGUGGGGUCUGGAAAAGUAUCAUCAGAAACAAAUAGCUCUUGCUGUCCUGCACUUACCUGAUGUAGAGUAAAUGUUCACUCUGCACUUCCAAACUGAGAUUUGUACACGUAGUGCGAUUGAAAAUUGUAGGGUUCUAAAAACUAGGGACCAGAUCCUCUACUGGCAUUCAUCAGUGUUUUGCCCAUUGAUGUCUGUGCUGAAAUACUGGUCCCAUGUAUCCUCAGACUGUGUUGUAUGAACUAAAGCAGCUUUAUAAGUAUAUAAACUCAAGCUCAUUACUAAUAGCUGAACACUUUGGAUGAAGCAUCCAAACUCCCUGCUAACAGAGUUGGAGGGCAAUUUUUGCCUGCUUUCUAGUGUUGCAUAUGUCCCCUUUGUAGCUAAAAGGCAUUUUGCAAUUUAAUUUUCUCUCAUUUUAAAUAUUUACUGGCAUCAGCAUUAGCUUGCACAGAAAAACAGCAUCUAAAUUCCAAUGUGUCAUAAAUGCUUUCAGUAUAAAGAUGGAAACUGCUACUCUUGCUCAGAGACAUUGCGGAGGGCUGAUGUGUAUUUUCUAAGCCAAAUGGUUUUUGUACUUUAAAAGUCAUUGAAAAUAAGUAUUUGGGACCCAGUUCUGCCUCUCUCACCCUGAAUGUCUUCAUCUAGUUUGUCUCAUUGAAAUCAGUGGGACUAACUACAUGCAGAGUAAAUUACGGCUCAGCAUACAGAUGGCAGAAUUGGACACUAAAUAAGUUACUUGGAUGCAAUCAGGAGUUUAAUUUUAGCCAUAUGUGUCAUGUGAGGACACUUAGAAACAAUAUGUACAUUUUAUCCAAGCUGACAGUCCCUGCAAUUCCAUAGGCUAUUGUAUAUUUUAUUCCUGUGUGUAUUUUGACAUCUCUGGAUUGCAUAUCUUCCACUAAAUCUUAACUGUCCUCUUUCUUUCUUUCUUUUUUUUAAGUCAAUGCUCAAGAGGUCUAAGACGUAUCAUUGCAGUGUGAAAACUGGUGUAGAGAUCUGGCUAUUUUUUGUUUUAAUUUUCAGUUCUCCUUUGAUCUGUGUUUUAGAAUCACACUCCCAUUCUUUUAAAGUUGCUUUUUGAUUUCUGACAGCCCGGACCCGUGACAUGUUUAUACCAGUAACCUCCAUAGUUACACUCGGCAUCGGGCUCAUGACACCUGGUGCAGAGUUACUCCAGGAAUAAACCUCCAUGGUAUUUUUGCAGUAUAUAGGGGUGGCCGUUUGUUGAAUACCCACUGACCUACUCCUCUACCAAUAGUGGUGAAAUGUUGUAAUAUCACCAACUGCAGCAGCUGUCCUGGGAUAACGGUUUGUCUGUUCACUCCAGAUCCUGGUGUAUUUUACAACAGUAUAAAAACAGCUGUAAAUCACACUGGUGUAGGCCUGUUGUGUGUCCAGGCCCUGAAAAACGCAAUAUAAUAACUAAAAUAACCAGGAAAAGUAAUAAUAGCAAACUAAAGGGAUGUUUGCUCUUUUUAGUUGUCUUGUUUUAUAUCUAGCGGUGUUUGGAAUAGUCUAGAUAAAUGUGUAGUCUCUCACUUACCGUCUCCAACCGUGGCAAAAGCUUUUGUUUUGUUUUUGUUUUUUGUGUAGGAAAAUAACCAAAAUAUCGGGAAAAUUUAUAUAUGCUUUCUUCUGGUUACUGGAAAUAAAGAUAAUAUGGUGACCUCAUGGUCUUCCAACCAAAGUCGGAUUUAAUUUCUACGUUGAUGUGCAACUUUAGCCAUUGAAAUUAGAUUGCAGUUUACUAACUACCCCUUUAGCUUGCAUUCUUACUUUUUAUUUACUAUUGAAGUAGCCUUUUUGUGUGUGUGUAUGCAAAUAUCAUAUCCAUAAUCAUUGCAAUUCCACAAGGUGUCUUUGUUCUGAACAAGCAUGUUAUUCUUGUAAAGUUUUAAGUAUAAGUUAAGAUGUUUUGUACAGACCAAGGUAACUGUUAAAAUGUCAAGCAAUUACUGAAAUGUUGUAUAGUUAAAGGUUUGAUUUCUUUUGCUUUAUAUGUAUAAAAUUGUAUCCUGCCUGUUUUGCUUUGUGUUUCCAAUGUGUUGCACAAUUAUGCAUUUUGUUUACAUUUUGUUCCUUCUCAAAACAAAAAAAAAACAACCCAGUAAUACUUUAUGUACAAACAUUUUAAAUGUACUUUUGUUGUUUUUAAACACAAUGUCUCUGUAUAAAUAAUAUUGGUUGAACUGGUACAUUUGUGUCUCUCAUAGAGGGAUUAAUUAUACUGCCAGUGCAUUUGAAUUAUUUAAAAAAAAGUAAAAUAAAAUUUUUAUGAAAAUGUAA